AUGAAUAAAAACUAUUUCAAUUCAGUGCCAACAGGCAAAUUUUAUCAUAUUAGGCUUUAACUGUUUUAUGAAUAUUCUUUAUUAACAAACACUGUUUUCUUCUUUCAAGAUUUAAUAAAAGCAAUUCGCUUGUUUAAUCAUGAAUUGGGACAGUUUAUUUAAUUUCAGAUUCGGAGCAUGUGCAUUAGUCUUGCUCUGCCAUAGUUUUUACAACCCAACCGAUAGCGGUGCAGUAUCAAUUACACAGAAUAAUUUAGAUAUGGUCUUAGCUUCCAAUGAGAUAGUAUUCAUCAACUUUUAUGCAGAGUGGUGUAGAUUCAGUAAUAUGUUGAUGCCAAUAUUUGAUGAUUCUGCUGAUGAGGUGACAAAAGCUGGCUAUGAUGCUGGUAAAGUUGUUAUGGGAAAAGUGGAUUGUGACAAAGAAGGGGCUAUAGCUACUAGAUUUCAUAUAACUAAAUAUCCUACAUUAAAACUCUUUCGUAAUGGCAUACCUGCAAAAAAAGAAUACAGAGGUCAGCGCUCGGUAGAAGCAUUUUCUGAAUUCAUCAAAAAGCAACUGACAGAUCCCGUUAAAAACUUUGGAUCUCUUAAAGAACUGCAUGACUUGAGUGAGGACAAGAGACAUAUUAUUGGCUAUAUGGACAGAAGAGAUCAACUUGAGUAUGAAACCUUGAGAAAGGUAGCAGCGAGUCUAAAAGAUGAGUGUCAAUUUCAUGCAGGUUUUGGAGAUGCCUCACAACAAAUGCAUCCUCCAGGUCAACCAGUGGUAGUAUUUAGGACCGACAAAAGAACCUCUACAGAACCUGAUGAAACCUUCAGGGGAUCAUUGACUAAUUUUGAUGAGUUAUAUGCCUGGGUUCAAGAAAAGUGCAUACCCCUGGUUCGUGAAAUAACAUUUGAAAAUGCUGAAGAAUUAACUGAAGAAGGUCUACCCUUCCUUAUUCUGUUCCACCAUCCGACAGACACAGAAAGCGUGAAGAAAUACAAAGAAUUAAUUACUAGAGAUUUGGUUGGUGAAAAGCAGAAUGUGAACUUUUUGACUGCUGAUGGAGUUAGGUUUGAACAUCCACUUCAUCAUCUUGGCAAGUCAAUUUCGGAUUUGCCUCUUAUUGCUAUUGAUUCAUUCCGUCACAUGUACCUCUUCCCAAGCUACAAAGAUAUGGAGAAACCUGGAAGGUUGUAUCAAUUCCUACAGGAUUUAUAUUCAGGAAAACUGCAUAGAGAAUUCCACUACGGCCCGGACCCAGACCAAGCUCUAUUGGAUUCAGACGUGAAAGUAACCACUCCACCAGAGUCCACUUUCAAGAAACUAGCACCAUCCAAGAAUCGGUACACCCUCCUCAGAGAUGAAUUAUAAGGUUACUGUGUCUAGGUCAUGUAAUUUAGUAUAAGAAACAAGCCACUAAAGAUAUAAUUUUAUAAAUGGAUUUAACUUGUUUUAGGAAAUAAUGAACGGAUUUUUUUUUAUUGUUCCAUUGAAUUAUUUAGUAAUUGUUUUUCUAUGAAAAGCUCGACAAAAUUGUACAGCUGUAUUUAGUUUUCGUAGUUAAAAUCAUUGAAAUAUGUUAACACAUAAAAAUAAUAAAUACCUCCAUCUUAAAUACAAUUUAUUAUUUAUGUUAGUCUGUUUUCAAUUUCUUAUCAUUACUUAAUUUAAUCUCUAGACUUCUCACUCUAUUUUAAAUAUUUAUAUUAUAUAAUCAUGAUGCAUUAAUAUACAUUUGUUGGAAAGUAUUUUCCACUUAUAUGGCACUGAAAGAAUACUGCAGUAAUCUGGGGUAUUUGAUAUAUAAUUAAGGUAAUUUUCAAUAUUCUUCAAAUAUUGUGAUUAACAUAUAUAAUAUUGUGGAAUUAUUGUUAUUUACGCAAAUUCUAUAAUUAUUGAUAACAUUUCAAAAGGGAGCAGGUUCUCAUUUUGUCAAUCUGAACCUAUAAUAAUAUUAACCUAUAUUAAUAUUAAUUCAGUUUUGUUCAGUUAUAUUCUGAUGAAAUGUUUUUUAGUGAUUAAAGUCGGUGGUUUAAAAACAAAGAAAUCAUGUCAUUUUGUAUAAGUCAUAUACUUUAUAUAAUUUGGUAUAUACUUAUGUACAUUGAACAUAAAUUUAAUAUGAAAUAAUUU